UACUCGGUUGGUGCUGUUUGGUUAAUAAUAUUUAAUACCGGCGUUGUUUCUGUAGGUUAAGUUGAAAUUAUUGGAUAUAUUCGUCAUAUCGUUCAUUAUUUCAAUUAGUAUUGUGACAUAAUUGUAUAAAAAAUUACAAUAUGGUUGUAUUUACUUGCAACCAUUGCGGCGAUUCAUUAAGGAAGCCCAAAGUGGCUAUACAUUAUCAGCAGAAAUGCCGGAAUUCGCCCUUCCUAACUUGCGUGGACUGCCUAAAGGAUUUUCGAAGUGACGAGUAUGUUACACAUACUAAAUGUAUAACUGAAGCUGAAAGAUAUGGCGCAAAAGAUUAUGUUCCAAAGCCUAGUGCAAAUAAAGGCGAGCGCAAACAGCAAGAAUGGAUGAAUGUUGUUAAUGACUUGCUGACUGGUACAGUGGAAUUGUCAAACUUAGAACGAAACUUUCUAAAUACCUUGUCGAAACAUGAGAAUAUACCAAGAAAGAAGGCUAAAUUUCUUAACUUUGUGCGCAAUGCGAUAGGCAAUCGUGUAAAUGCAACAGUUGUGGAGAGUGUUUGGAGCAAAAUGGAGAAUGCACACAAGCAGAGUCAACAAGUGGUUACAAUGACUCCGGAGAAUCCUAUACAAAAUCAGGAGCAGAAUAAAGAUGAGAUGACAUGUAGCCAAAAUAUAGAUUCUAAUAACUCGUUUGACAAUCAGAAUCUCGUUGAAAAUCAAAAUAAUGAAAAUAUAUGCAAAGAAAAUAAUUCUGUGAGUCAAGAUGGAAAUGAUGAAGCAUGCAGGGUAACCAACAGUCACCUACAUGAGAGACGCAGUAAAUCUAAAAAACGGAAAUUGGAGUCAAUCAGCAUCCAAUCAGAGGAAGAUCAAUUAGUUGCAAAAAUUAGUAAACAAUCUAGUUUGGAUAAUGGAAGUGCCGUUACUAUGUUCCAUUGGAAGAAGACUAUUUUAGAUGUUUUACAACUUAAAGGUGAAAUUCCUUUAAAAAAACUACAAACUAAGGUUAUGAAAAAAUAUAUAUGUUACGUUUUUAGCUUAAGUGAUACUUUCAAACUAAGUGAAUAUAACAAAGCUAUUGCAAAGUUUUGCAAAACAAUAGAAAAGUUAGAAAAAUCAUCUGCAAUAUGUAUUUCAGAAAAUAAAGUAAAAUUACUUUAG